UUGUAUAUUAUUCAAGGUGAGGAAGAUGAUGGAGAUGACCCCAUUACGAUUGAGCAAGUACCCCGUCUAGAGGCUACUAAGUUUAUGGUUCGGAAUAAGGAGUUUAAGGAGAUUGACAGAGGUAAAGAAAAGAGACUAAAACCCUCCAUUGAGGACCCACCUAACUUGGAAUUGAAAACUUUAUCGAACACUUGGA